AUGCUUCCUAUCGCGUCUACUGCGACGCAGAUGGGGAGCAACAAGACCAGAAUAUUUGCUCGACAGCCGGCAAAAGCCCCACCGCCUCUGGCCUGGUUGAGUCGACCCCGAGACCCUCGAGCAACAGCGAUUGCAGCUGCGGGCCAACAGUCCUCGCGACGGGUCAGUAAACGAGAACUGGAGUCACAUGGCAGUGCUACUGACGCCUGGACGGCUAUCCACGGAGUUGUGUAUGACAUAACCGCUUACUUCAGAUUCCACCCUGGUGGUGCGGAAAUCCUGUUCAUAGAAGCGGCCGGAAAGGAUAGCACAGCUGUGUUUGAUGAGAUGCACCCGUGGGUGAACGUGGCGUGGCUCCUAAAAGACUAUCGAAUAGGACUCUAUGCGCCCGAGUCGGAGGACGACGGCGGAGACGACGACGACGACGACCGGACGAUGACUAGUCCAGAAUGA